ACUUGUGGAAACAGGAUAUACGCGCUUCGUCGAAACCAUCUAAAGGAAUUUCAGAAUUUGCAAAAAUUACGUACAGAUAACCCGAAGGAGGAGUCCAAGGAGGGUUUUCUACUUGGGAAGCUUAGCUAGUGUAGAGCUUGGUGUGACAGGAGGAGCCUCCAACUUCAACAGCACUAAAAUGGCGGACAUGUCAGUGGAAGAGAUCACCACGAGGGCCAACCAAGUGACCGAUGAGUCCUUGGAGAGCACCAGGCGGAUGCUACAGAUGACCGAGGAGAGCAGGCAGACUGGUGUCAACACCAUGGUCAUGCUGGACCAACAGGGCGAGCAACUGAAACGUACAGAGGAGGGUAUGGACCAGAUCAACCAGGACAUGAGGAAGGCUGAGAAGAACCUGACGGACCUGUCCAAGUGCUGUGGCCUCUGUGUCUGCCCCUGUGACAGGGUGACGUCCAUAGAGCAUGACACUAAGUACAAGCGUACCUGGGGAACAGGUGAUAGUAGCAGUCCAGGAGAGGGAGGGGACGGCUCGGUGGUGUCCAGGCAACCCUCAGGCAUCCAUAACGGACAAGCCAACCAGCAGCAGCCCAUGGGGGCCUCUGGACCCUACAUCAAGAGGAUUACCAACGAUGCUCGGGAGGAUGAGAUGGAGGAGAAUCUGGACCAGGUGGGCAGCAUCAUAGGGAACCUGAAGAACAUGGCCAUGGACAUGGGCUCUGAGAUAGACAAGCAGAACAAACACAUCGAACGCAUCGGAGAAAAGGCGGACAUUAACAAAGCACGAAUCGAUGAAGCCAAUCAGCGAGCCAAUAAGCUCAUCAAGUAGACCUACCUACCUACCUGCUCCAGCUUUCAAAUCUUCCACCUUGAAGCUUGCAUGUACACACACACACACACACACACAAACCUACACAUACACACUCCCUAUCCUUGAGAACAAAGAAAAUCAACCAGGAAAACCCCAUUGAAUCAGCACCUACCACACGUGCCUUUUUUCUGUAAUGAUGUAUGUAAAUAUGCUCAUACAACGCACACACACUCUCUUAUUGUGCCUUUUAUGACUAGUUAAAAGUCCUUGCCUGGGUCCCCAUCCCAAUUAUGUGACACAGUGAAUCAAUUUUCCAGGCGUUCUGAGAUCUGUGCCCAUAUAAGCGUCUGAGUAGGAGUGCUGAUGUAAGAUGGGAGAACUGAUCCUAGAUCAGCACUCAUACACUGAAAUGCUUUAUAUACAUA